AUGUAUAUGCAGCCCAAUUCUUGCUCCAUUCGGAAAAUAAGAGACGAUAUGAAAACUCCUGGAGAAAAGGGAGAUUCAUCGUCCUCAAUGGCUCCUAUCAACCAAUCUCAGAGCCUCAGAUCGGACAAUUUGUCUCCUGAGUUGAUGGAUAUCAUCAAACCUGCUCUGCAAUUCGGUGGUCUUUCCGCACUUUCCGGCACCAUCGUCGGCGGAUUCUCUGGCAUCCUCGUCUCUCGAACUCCGGUGCUCUUCGCCGUCGCUAGCUCUAUCCAAUGGGGCAUUAUCGGCACCACCUUCUGGGGAACUCGCACCGCGCUUCUUUCCCAUUACAAGACCGCUCGCAUAUACCCAACACCACAGGAGAAAGCCCUUUCUACUACCCUUGCUGCUUCUCUUGCUGGUGCUACAGGAGGUAUUUUGCGUGGACCGAAAAAUGUUCUGCCUGGGCUCGUCGUGUUUGCAUCCGCUGGAUAUGUCGGACAGAGAAUUUAUGAUGCGUUGGACGAGAGGAAGAUGGAGGAAAUGAGGUUGGAAGAAAACGGAAAGAAGGGGAAUGGCGAAACUUGGACUAACUCAAAGUGGGUGCCUUGGAAAAAACUAACUGAUGAUGAGUAUGAAGGGAUGUUGAAGGAAAGAUUGUUGAAAGUUGAUGCCGAGAUUGCGAUUCUGGAUGAUAAACUUCAGGUUUUACGGGAACAGCAAAAUAGUGAAGCAGGAAGGCUCGAAGUAACAGAUAGAAAGGAUCUCUAA